AGGAAUGUACACAUAUCACAAAUCCGGCUCACAAGUGCGUUUCUGUUUGCUAUGUGGUCAUCUAGAAAGUAUGAAGAUACCAAAGAGGUCUAUACACACAAAUAUAUCAAUUAAAGAAAGACAACAAAUGGAAAAAGGUGAAACAAAGAAACAAUUUCAAAUAAACACAAUAAACACAAAACUAAAUAUUGCGUAACCUAGUGUUGUGUCAGUAUAGUAGCCAGCUCAAGUGAUUAUUUAUAAUUGCAUUGUCGAUUGUACUUUUACGAAAAAGAUAAUGGAAUAUAUAAAUAUAUCUAUCUUCAGCUGCUCCUUGCCGAAUACAUUGAUUCUACUUUUGAGGGAUUAAUAGACCCGCCUUCACUAUCCAUUUCAAUUCGUUACUUCCUUUGCAUGUUAGAUAAAUUUGGAAAAGACUAUAAUAUUGAGCCAGAAGUACUGGAAUCAUGGAAAAAUGAGUGUUAUGCGACACGAAUUUGGGCUCCUUUGAUUGGUAAACCAGAUAUACUGUUUGAUGUAAAUGUACCUGGUCAUGUAGGGUCAUGCUUGGACAUUUUGAGACAAGUGUUUGUUGAAAUGUUUACGCAAACAGCUCAUAAAGUGAACAAGGAGUCACCACCACAGAAACUGUUAUUCCAUAAAGAUAUACCAAGAUACAGAAAACUCAUCGGGACAUUCUUUAAACGUGUAGAACCAGUCAAUGAUCAGGAUUUUUGGAGUGAAAUAGACGAAAUAUCAAAUAGACAGAAUGCAACACUGAAUUUCAGCAGACAAUCAACUUUUCAUCAGCUUUAUAAUUUGUUUAUUGGAAAGUACAGCAGUGAAAUACUUGAUGAUUUAAAAGACAUGGAAGAAAGUAAAGACCUACAAUUUGCAAAUAAACUCGAAGAAGUCCUAGAUUUAAUGGAGGAAUUUUCAAAUGACUCUUAAAUGAAGACGUG